GUAGGGCUGCAAAUAACAAUUAUUUUCAUCUUUGAUCACAAUGACAUUGAUUUUCUCAAUAAAAAUAGUCAGAAUCACUAUUUCUCAGAGCCCAAGAUGAUAUUUUUUAAAUAUCUUGUUUUGUCUGACCAACAGUCCAAAACAUAUAAUCAGUUAUAUAAUAUAGAAAAGGCAGGUAAUCAUAACAAGUUGUGGAAUAUAUAUGGAAAAGUACUUUGCUUGAGUAUACUAAGCUCAAUCAAGCCCAUUGCUACAUUAUACUUAUACUCCACUACAUUUUGGAGAAAAAUAUUGUACUUUUUACUCCAUUACAUUUAUUUGAUAAAUGCCUAACUAAUAGUUACUUUGCAGAGAUAAAUACAAUCCAAACAAUUGUUUCCAUUUCAGUUAUGUAUUUUCACACCUACUUUUAGUUUUUGCUUUAGUUUUAGUUAAUUAUAAUAACCUCGGACCACAGUAGAACAAUUCAGAGUAUUUUGCUCAGGCUUUUCAAGAAUUCUUUAAAUAGUAACACUGGUCUUAGAUCACCCAUAAGCUGAUGUUUGGGCUAACUGUUUUGAGCCUUUGUAGCAUUUCAGAACAGAAGAGCAAGAAGAGGGAGUAGUAUUAUGAUAUGUGAGCCCCCCAGCAAUGACCCCUUUUUUUUUUUUUUUUAAAACCCUUUUCUGUGUGAAAGACUUUUAAAAUGCCUUCUUUGUGCCAGGCUGGGAUGCCAGACUCUUACAACCUACAAGUCACCUAAAGAAGAACAUCUUCUGGCUAUGAGAAAUAUUUAGCAUAGCAGCAAGCUUACACGGUCACAUGACUCCUCUGCUGCCCAGGCUGUGACCUUGUAUUGUGCAUCAUGCUGCCCUCUUGACUCACUGUGCUUUUAUUAUAUAUAAAGGAAAAUAUUCUGUGUACUGUUGUAGAUAUUUAGCUCUCUCUUCGCAGCAAGAAUUUGAACUACAGUGGGGUGCAUUUCUGUUUUAGUUACAAUAAUACAGAAUUUCUCCAAACAAUCAUCUCCUUGCAUAAUUUGUACAUGACACAUCUAACAAUUGAAACAUAAUUGCACCAUGUUGUUGGGGUACUGUUGUUUUAUUAACUGGCCUGAAAAAUCAACAAUAACUGAUAUAGAUUAGCACUGUAAUCCUAGAAAAUAUAGCAAUAGCAUAAAGAAAUAGCAUGGUCAUUAGUAUUAGCAUGGUCUUUUCUUUAUAUUUUGGUAAAUUUAACUUGUUUCACUUAGCAACAUAGUUCCCAGCAAAGAUGGAGUUGCAUUUAGUGUGCUGAUUUUCUCCUUAACAUAAAUAUGUAAUGAUGCAAAAAGUAAACACACUUCUCUAUUGGCUGCACUUUAUUAUGAAUUAAAUGUAUUCAAUUAGGUAUAUGCCUUACUUACUGAUGAAUAACAUUGUUGCAAAAGCUCAAAAUGAAAGCUAACACACAAAUACACUAUUAUUCAGCAUCUGUACCAUAUUGGUAAGUGACCAUCAUGAUACCAUCAUAAUACAAGUGAUGUAUUCUAGAGAAAAAGAAAGAUGAGUCACAUAUUUUAUACAUACUGUUUCUAAAAAUAGGCCCAUAAGUAUGUUAUCAAAUAGUUACAGUGAAACUGAAGAGGCAAGAAGUCACAAACUAAUCCUGCCUUGUUAAUUGGUUUACAGCUAACGCCAGUCAGCUCCAUCUGUUUUUGUCUGAAAAGAGCUCUCAAGAGCCACAGCUUACAAGAGGCAAAUGGAAAACAAAUCACUCCACACGCAAAGAAAGUAAAAACUUCUCAUCCAUGCCGCAGAACGCAGGUGGCAGCCAUGGAGAAGUGGUAACAAGGAAGGAUUAGCUGCUGAUUACAAUUCUGAGCAAAUUAUGUUUCUCCAAGAGGUUUGUUUACUGCAGAUGCAGGUGAUGAACAUUCAGAACCCAGCAUGACUCUCUUGUCUGGCCUUUGCACUCUCCAUACAGCAGCCCUGUUGUCACAUGCAGGCAGUUGUCAGGUCUAACCCUCGGCUUAAGCUUUGCGCAUGCCUGCUCCUUCUGUCUCAAUGACUGCCUGUCUGUCAGGAGCUUCUUAGUGCUCAGACCACAGAAGGACUUUGACAUCAACAACAGACAUGAGCUUUACCGUCGAGGAGAGGGGCAGGCCAAACACCCAGGACUACAGGGUGUUUUUCAAAAACUCUGAGGGCAAAUACAUCUCUCCAUUCCACGACAUUCCCAUCUACGCAAAUGAAGCAGAGAAUAUUUUUCAUGCUGUUGUCGAGGUUCCAAGAUGGACAAAUGCAAAGAUGGAGAUUGCCACCAAAGAUCCUCUAAAUCCACUGAAACAAGACAUUAAGAAGGGGAAUCUUCGUUAUGUAGCAAAUGUGUUUCCUCACAAAGGCUACAUCUGGAAUUAUGGAGCUAUUCCACAGACAUGGGAAGACCCCAAUCACAAGGACAGUGACACAGGAUGCUGCGGAGACAACGAUCCUAUCGAUAUUUGUGACAUAGGAAAUAAGGUGUGCUCUCGGGGAGAAAUAAUCAAAGUGAAGGUUCUGGGAACUCUGGCUUUGAUCGAUGAGGGAGAAACAGACUGGAAGGUCAUUGUGAUCAAUACUGAGGACCCUGAAGCCGCCGACUUUAACAAUAUUGAUGAUGUAAGACGACUUAAGCCUGGAUACCUGGAGGCAACUUUUGAUUGGUUCAAAAGAUACAAAGUCCCUGAUGGGAAACCUGAAAAUCAGUUUGCUUUCAAUGGGGAGUUCAAGGACAGGGACUUUGCCAUUGAAACAGUCAAGAGCACUCAUGAGUUUUGGAAGGCACUGAUUUCUAAGAAGACCAGUGCUGGCGACUUAAACUGCAUGAAUACCAGUGUCUCAGAUAGUCCAUUCUGCUGCUCUGCUGGGGAUGCAGAGGCUGUGGUUAAGUCUGCAAGUGCUUUUGGAGAUGAAGAUCCCAUUCCAAGUUCAGUCGACAAAUGGUUUUACUAUGAGAUAUAAGAGGAAAAUCCUGGGCAGGAACCUUCAUUCAUUCCUUCACUUCAUCUCAUUUCAACACAUCAGAACACCACAUGAACUGGAUAGACUGGAUUUAUAUUUUAGGUCACAUUUUCUUCUUGAUUGUGAUGCUUGUUGUUGGAUAGUAGCAAUAAUUUCAGGCUUGACAGAAGAUUACAAUAAACCAUUCAAUUCCA